CUGAUUAUGUUUUAGAUACGCACAAUGACCGGCAAACAAGAUGGGGUCCACCAGGGCUCGUAAUUGUCCAUGAGUUUUCACACUUACGUUAUGGCGUGUUCGACGAGUAUGGUAUUGCGAACAGUAACGUCACUCCGCUGUUUUACAUUGGACAAAAUGGCAAACCUGCAUACACGGGAUGCACGGAUAAGAUAAAAGGUAAAUUCAGAAAUAAAGACACAAACAAUCGUUGUAGGCGCACACCAACCGGUCUACCAGAGGCUGACUGUAGAUUUAUACCAGAUCUCCAUCAAACCACGAAGGCCUCGUUGUUAUACUUGCUUCUUGACUCUGUGGCACAUUUUUGUGAAUCUAACUCCUCAGACCUAGAUCUGCAACACAAUACAUUGGCCCCUAAUCUACAAAAUAAGAAGUGUAGCAGAAGAGGGACAUGGGACGUCAUUUUAGACCACAAUGAUUUUGCUAACAACAACAACAACAACAACAACAACCCCCCAAGAGAUAUUAAUGACGUUAGCCCAGACAUUCAAGUACUUUACAGAAGACCAAAGGGGAUUUGUAAACGGAUGGUAUUGGUGCUGGAUAAGUCAAAUAGCAUGGAAAAAAAGAACAGACUUUUUGUUUUGGCGCAAGCAGCCUACAAAUUCAUAAUCAGCACGGUACCAGAUGGUGUGGAGCUUGGUAUUGUCGUGUUUGAUGAAACAGCUCGAGUCACACACUCUAUGCAGCACAUACAGACACAACAGGAUCGUGAGAGUCUCGUUGCGGCGUUACCAACAACGUUUAAACUUUGGACGGCUAUAGGGAGCGGGGUUGUCGAAGCCAUGGAUUUGUUAAAAGAGGGCGGAGGUGUCACUGCCGGUGCUAAGAUGUUCGUAUUAUCAGAUGGUCAGGAAACCGACCAUGGACCAAGUAUUAAUGAAGUGUUGGACUCUGGACUUUUUGAUAACACUGGUGUAACUGUUGAUGUCAUUGCUUUUAGCAGCACGGCGGCAGACGAUUUAGAGAAGCUAGCACAAAGAACCGGUGGCAGUGCAUUUUUCUAUUCUGAGGAUCCUAGCUCUACUGCGCUUGAAGAUGCAUUCACCAGAUCACUGGGUGACACUAGGUAUUGCGCAGGAAUUCAGCCAGUUGAGGUUCGGAGCGAACGUGUUUUUGAAACAUCAUCUUCCACGAGUCAGUAUCCAAUCUUCAUUGAUUCAUCUCUUGGAAGAGACACCACAUUCAUGUUUACUCCGCCACCAAGUGUCAGGAACAUAGGAUCCUUAAUGAUAACUGUCUCUAGUCCUAGUGGACAGAACUAUACAAUAUUAUCUCCAGAGUCCUCAGAACACCCUGACUUCUUAGUUAUCCAGAUUGUUAUACUAGGUGUAUCAGAGUCAGGAUAUUGGAGAUAC